UCGUCCCGACCGCCAUGGCCGAGGAGGACCCCCAGCAGCAGGCGGACCGCGGGGCGAGGAGCCUGCCCGGCCUGCUCACCGGGCUGCAGGGUGCUGAGGCCAGUGCUCUGCAGCUCAGGAUCAAGAACUCCAUCUGCAAAUCUGUUCAAUCAAAAGUGGAAAACAUCCUGCAAGAUGUGGAGAAGUUCUCAGACAUCGAAAAACUCUACCUCUACCUUAAGUUGCCUUCUGGUCCAAGCAGCAGCACUGAUAAAAGUGACCAGAGCGCCCUGUCAUCAAGCCGCACACAGCAGAUGCAUGCGUUCAACUGGAUCCACCAUCAUUUAGAAGAAUACCCAGAGACGUCUCUUCCCAAACAGGAGGUCUAUGAUGAAUACAAGAGCUUCUGUGACAACCUAAACUACCACCCACUGAGUGCUGCCGACUUUGGAAAAAUGAUGAAAAAUGUCUUCCCGAACAUGAAGGCGCGUCGGCUUGGCAUGAGAGGAAAAUCAAAAUACUGCUACAGUGGGCUGAGGAAGAGGCCCUUUGUUCACAUGCCAUCUUUACCCACUCUGGAUCUCCAUAAAUCAGGGGAUGGACUCCAGUGUGAUGUCCUGGAGUCACCGGGCCAGCUGAGCAGCAUAAAGGAAGACGUGCGAUUUGCAGCCUGUGAUCUGGUGUGUGAGUGGGCCCAAAAGGUGCUGAAACGCCAGUUCGAUACCGUGGAAGACCUGGCUCGCUUCCUAAUCGACAGCCAUUACAUCAGCAACAAGUCUCUGGCAGCUCUCACCAUAAUGACCGGCACAACAACAGAGGUCAAGCCUCCACAGACGGUCUCAGCGUUCAUCCCCACAACUGAGGCGCACUCCUUCCAGCCUCAGGUGACAACCCUGUCCUCUCCGUCUGUCGAUGCAAAGCAGCAGCUCCAGAGGAAGAUCCAGAGGAAGCAGCAGGAACAGAAGAUGCACUCUCCUUCACCUGGAGAGGCACAAACCAAGAGGGCAGAUGACAGUGUGCCUUGUGCCAGCCCCGCCCCUCCGUCACCUCAGCCAACCAUAGGCAUCAUGGUCGCUGCUGUCCCGAGCCCCAUCACGGUUCAGAGAAGCCGGCAGCUGAUGUCCCCCAGUCCAAUGGGAACAGUAGAGAGCAAAAUGCUGCCCAUCAACUUCCAAAUGUUGACCCAGCCAGUUCAGGCAGUGAAACAGAGCCCCAAGACCCCGCAAAAUAUCCUAGCCAGCCCUCUGGGGGAACGCACUGCUCGGCAGCGUUAUGCGCAAAUCCUGCCCAAGCCUGCGGCCACCACUUCUAUCACUUUGCGCUCGCCCUCCACCAUGAUCAUCGGCAACAGCCCUGUUAAGACCAUGAUGACUACAUGUCACGUCAGCCCGGUCAGUUUGGUCAAGAUGACAGCCAUAUCGCUUGCACCCAACAGCAGCAAUACCACCACUUCCCUCUCAAACACCACUCUGCGGCCGGCAUCUGCAGGCAAUAGUAGCUCUGCAGGUGCAGAAGACAUCAGCUCUUGUCAAAGCACGAGGAGUACCUCUGCAGUCCCCAUUCUGGCCCCGGUGGUCAGACCCAGCGACACUACUAACACUCAUACCAUCGAUGUUGAAAUGGAAGUUGAAGCUAUACAUAAAAACAGCCAAAUGCAAAAUCCUGGUGGUCAAGUAUUGACUCAAGAAGCAAUGGCAAAUAGGGCUGGAGGGGCUUCACAGAGGGCUGCCAGUGUGCCCAUACCCCAGUCUAAAGGCUUCCUGGGUCUGGAGGACACAUCCAGCACUGACUGCAACGAGAAGUCCUCCUUAAGCACUAACACUGUGGCAGCAGUCGACGGCAGCAAUAAUGGCGUUAAUAACACCAGCACUUUGCACUUAACUCCCUCAACUCAGAAUACCAGCGCUGCGUCUUUACUGAACACCAGCAGACCACCUUCGUUUGGGGAAAGCAGCAAUGCAACAUCAGCAAAAGAAGGUUUCUUAUCCACUAAGGGCCUCAGGAAACGUUCAGGCCUCAGCCCUGACCUUUCUCCAGUCAAAAGGGUUUUUAUGCCCCAGCAGCCAGAGCUAGAGGGCGCUGCUUGUCUUGGAUAUGGGAUUAGAAAUGUGACCGGUAACAUCCUCAGGCCAGGACCUCCAACUAGGCCUGAGAGCGCACCUGCUACCAGAGAGGUAGAGACGAAAAUGAACUCUGUCCCAUCCAGUCAAGUACACGCACUCUGCACUUCCUCUUUCAGAGCCAGUGGCUUUUACUCUGUUGCCAAAACACAGAGCUCAAUGCAGAGGAAAAACACUCCCACUGUUAUGGAAACUAGCACCUCAGUCAGUCACGCAUUAAUACAGCAACAGUCGGGGCAUACAGUGGCCAACGUGCAUGCCAUACCUAAUAACCCUGGUCUCCAAACACAGUCAGGUGUGAGUGAUGUUAACAGUUCAGCCACAGGGAGCAUGGAAGGAGCUCAACAACACACUUACGCUCAGGCCAACCCUGCUGACUGUUUGCAUCAAGGUUCAUCGUCAAGCCAGCUUCCUAUGCAGACAGAUAUGGACUACUUUCCCUUUGAUGAUGAUGUGACUCAGGACAGCAUUGUGGAGGAGCUGGUGCAGAUGGAGGAGCAGAUGAAACUUAACAACCUGCAGGAGUUUAGAGACUGUGUCACGCUGCAGGGCCAACAGGCUGUGAUGCAGGACAACACAAUGUCUACCAAUCAAACCAUGACUGCUUUCUAUCAUUCUGCUAACAGCCGCAGCAACCCCAUCCAAACUCCAACACCCACACCCACACCCACGUCAGAAAUGAUGGGAGGAGCCCAAGGCCUCACCGGAGAAAGCCCCUUCUCCCGCAUCGCCUCCACAACCCCAGUGGACAGCGCACUGGGAAGCAGCCGUCACACCCCAGUAGGUACUCCACACUCCAACUGCAGCAGCACUGUGCCUCCCAGCCCAGUGGAGUGCAGGAACCCGUUUGCAUUCACACCCAUCAACUCCAGCAUCACUGGUUUCCAUGAAGGCAGCACAGUCUCCAGCAGCCCUGUCAAGCCUAUGCAGAGACCGAUGGCCACCCACCCAGACAAGACCAGACUCGAGUGGAUGAAUAACAGUUACAACAGCAGCAGCGGGAGCUUAAACAAGUCAAACAGUGGAAUGGGAAUCCUCCCCAGCUACCAAGGCCUGAUAGGUGACCAGUUUCAAAAACCUCAUGCCUUCGCCGUCCCUCAUGCACGGCACCAUGACAGCCAUUUCGGCCGCCUGACUCCCAUCUCGCCGGUGCAGCAGCAGGUAGCCAACAUGGCCAAGCAGGAGGGCUUUGCUGUGCCUGCCCCUCUGGACAACAAAGCCACCAGCUCACCUGCUACAACUUUUCGAUGUCGCAGUGUGAGCCCAGCUGUGCAUCAGAGGAACAUGAGUGGAAACACAGGAAACCUUCCACAUGUCCCUCGUUCAGUAGUAUCCCCUUAUAACUCUCCUGUGACGCCUGAGAUGUUGAACAUCUUUGCAAACAGCCAGACAAAUCUUGGGGUGAGCAGCAUGGCUCAGAGGAGCCAUUCUGUGCCGCUUAACAUCAUGAUGCAAACCGAGGUCCUGCCCACGCCGGGCCAACAAUGCAACAGCAAAAACAUCACCAAUGUCCUUCUAAACAAGCUGGAUGGAGACCAUGACGAUACAGUUCGGGGUCUGGGCAUCAAUAAUUUACCCUCCAGCUACACUGCACGCAUGAACCUCACUCAGCUCCUCGAGUCCGACCCCAACCUCACCUGCAGUGACAACCACCUCAGCCUGAUGACCUCUGACUCCACCAGCACAUGCAAGUUGCGGAGGCCCAAUUACCUCAUCGAAAAUGCUAUUAAUGAACAAAUGAGUCUCUCAGCAGGUGACAGCCGAGGAAAAUCAGCCUCUGGAGAGCAGCGUCGACAACAGGCCCAGUCUAUGUUGUUAACUUUGAGCUCACAGCAGCAGCAGCAGCAGCAGCAUCAAGACGAUCUACAGCAGCAGUUGGAUUUCAGCAGCACUGUGAAAGACCUCCUGACAGACAGCAGCCUUACUGCUGGCAGUCAUCUCAUGGAGCAGGUGUCAGAGCUAACUACAGGCACGGCAGAUUUCCCUUGUGAAAUCAGAAUGACAUCGGAGCUCUCCAGCAGCAUCAAUGACCUUAACUCAUUGGACACGGACCUUCUGUUUGACCCCAACCAGCAGCAAGGGCAAUAUCAAAAUGCUGCUGUGGAGGAGGAGUUGGUGAAUGAUGCGCUGUUUCAGCAAAUCACCAGCGAGGCGACGCAUUCAAGUGGACUUGACUGGCUCGAGAGCAAAGAUCAUCCCACUGUCGGGCUGAUGGGUUGAUGGGUUGAGCUUUAACAUGUUGAACAUGUUAACCUGUGUUCGCUGUUUGUUUUAUUUAUUUUUAGGCAUUUACACUUUAUGAUGCAACACUGGACAUGUUGAGGUUUGUCCAGUUUAAGUGCCAGGCUGAACUGCAACGAUGCUGCAACACUCUGAUUAAAAUGCUGGUCAUUUCUCUUUAUUCAGAGGACAUCGCCUCAUGUUGUUUGAUCAAGAGCAUUUCCAACAAGUAAACAGAAGUUACUGUACAAAAAAAACUGUUUUUAAUGAUGUGUGUCAUGUUUCACUGAACAGUCAGUGAAGAAAUCAUAACAGAAUCAUGCAUUUCUUAGUGUAAAGGAAGUGGAAAUGAAUGAAACAAGAUUAGCAUUAACAAGCCUUUUCCAAGUAUUUCUAUAUAUCAUGGUGUCUAAAUCUAUGAAGUGCAGGCAUUAUCUAACUAAAGCAUAAGGUACAGGAUGACUGAAUAUACUUACUGCUGAACUAAUAACAUGUCAUAAUUGAAGCCUAUUUGUGUGAUGAAAUGAAAAAAAAAUUUGAAGUAUCUCA